CACACACACACACACAGUCGUCACUCACAUUUGUACACACAGGCGCGCCAAGACGCACGGUCGUUCACAAGCUUUGGUUACUCGAGUGCGCGCACUGGGUGAGAAGAGGAGAGGAGGAGAGGAUCAUCAUCAUCAUCAUCAGAGCCAGUGAAAGAAAAGAGCCGCGCGCCUCCUGCACCUUCACACUGAUAAGGAGCGUUGCUUCGCUCGCUCGUGCUCGGUCCCUUAAGAUGCUCUGAAAGUCAAGCGCGUGUUUUUUUUUCUUCUUCCUCCUCCUCCAUCCAUUCCCCAGUGAAGAGCUCGAGUCGAGAGCCACAAUGUUGACGCGGUUGUUCAGUGACCCAUCGCUGCUGCCAGAGGUGCAGAAAUACUCGGGCUGGGCGGAGGACAGCGAUGGCGAUGAUUCCAAGAUGAAGGACGACGACCAGGACACACACGACGACAUGGAUCACUCUGACCUGAUGGGAGACAGUCGGACACACUCCGAGCACGCCGGGGAAGACGACGAGGACGACGACCUCGACGAAGAGGACGACGGAGAGGACAUGGAGGGGGACAGACCUAAGAAGAGGGGCCCCAAGAAGCGUAAAAUGACCCCGGCCCGCAUCGAGCGGUCCAAAGUGCGACGGAUGAAGGCCAACGCGCGGGAGCGCACCCGCAUGCACGACCUGAACUCUGCUCUCGACAAUCUGCGUAAAGUUGUGCCAUGCUACUCCAAAACGCAAAAACUGUCCAAAAUCGAGACGUUGCGGUUGGCUAAAAAUUACAUCUGGGCCUUGUCGGAGAUACUGCGCUGCGGCAAAAGGCCCGACCUUGUCUCGUACGUGCAGACGCUGUGUAAGGGACUGUCCCAGCCAACCACCAACCUGGUGGCAGGAUGCCUGCAGCUGAACUCCCGUAACUUCCUGACCGAGCAGCAGUGUCAGGACGGGAGCAGGUACGCGUCCGGAUCCUUCUCCAUGCAUUCCUACCCUUAUCAGUGUGCGCGUCUGUCCAGUCCGCACUGCCAGCCGGGCUCGAACUCGCACCCAUUGAGGACGCACGGCUACAGCGCGGCUUACGAUUCUCUGUACGGCGGGAGCGGAUCCCCGGAGUACAACAGCCCCGAGUAUGAGGGGCCCGUCAGCCCUCCGUUGUGCGUCAAUGGGAACUUCUCCCUGAAGCACCAAGGCCCCGCGUCGCCGGACAACGAGAAGGGCUACCACUACUCUAUGCAAUACUCCGGCCUGCCUGGCUCCAGACCUACCGGGGCCAACAACCUGGUGUUCGGCUCCUCGGGGGCCCGGAGCGGCAUUCACUCUGAAAACGUCCUGCCUUACCACGACAUGCACUUACACCAUGAACGGGGCCCCGUGUACGACGAACUGAACGCGUUUUUUCACAAUUAAACGCCCAAGUUGAGCGUCUCCAUGCAAUCAGCAAUCUGUCCACAGCACAUUUAGGCAUUCUGGAGAGAUGUUACACUCGUUGUCACUGGUGUGUUUUGUGUUGUUUUGUUUUCUUUAAUUUAAUCAACACUAUUAAACGUUUGGUUUGCUAUUGUCUGGGAUGUAGUGGAAGGAAAUCGAAUCCAUUGUCUUAUUUUGCGCAAAAGCAUCCCCCCCAGCUUUUUAAAAGGCUGAUGAGAUUUGAUCACAUUAUUUGAAUUGUUUCAAUGUGGAGUUGUGUUUGUUUGCGUGUUAAUGACUGACAGUCAAAGUUUACCCCACUAUAUCACAGGCUACGGCUUUACACUGAGACAUUGGCAGAGAUUUUCUAAGAAAAGCAGAGAAAAAUCACUGACGAAGCUCAUGCAAAUCACAUUUUCUCGCCUUGACGCGCGAGAUUAUGAGUGUGUGUGUGACAGAGGGUGUGUAUGUGUGUAAGUGUGUGUGUGUUUAAUUAAAUCAUAACAUAUAAACAGAUGCUGAAUCGAAAGAAAUGUGGUAGUUGGGUGGUUUUGGAAAAAUCGGUUCUUCAGCAAAUCAAUCCAGUUGUUUCACAUCUAUGCAAAAAAAACGACGCGACAAGGCCCAGGAACACACACACACACACACACACGCGCGCGCGCACACAAACACACACACACACAAACAAACACACACACACAUGGAAUCAGACAUGGCUGGGCUCGCCAAAAAAUGUUUUACCUGAUAAAAAUAAAUUCUUAAUCAAUCUAUUUUAAUUCAAUAAAAUUUCUUUCCCUCAUUUUCGUUUUAUCUUCUUAUUUAUUAACGUUCUUCUGCUACUGUGUUUUUGUUUGACAUUAAAGUAACAAUAUUUUUUAUUUAUUUUUUAUUUGCAAACUGCUAUUGAGUUCUUGAGCUAUUGAGUUCUUAUUAUUAUUAUUAUUGUUGUUGUUGUUAUUAUUAUUAUUAUUGCACGUAUUUAUUAUUAUUGUGUUGUUUUUGUAAUUAAUGUUAAUAGUCCAUGAAAACGAAGGAUCACGUGUUGAUGAUUUAUUUUCUUUUUUUUCAUAAAAUUCAACUUUGUAUUCAACCAACUGUGUGGUAAAAAUAAAACAAUAAAGAAAUAAAUGACACUGUG